GUAGGGGUCCAGCAUGAAGCCCCCGGACCGCCCCGCCCCUGGCCGCACUGACCGGAUACUGGGGGUCAUGGGGGGCAUGCUGCGCGCAUGCGCCCUACCCGGGCAGGCGGGGCCCCCGAAGAGAAGCCCCCUAGGGCCAGGAGGGACCGAGCCACAGUCUGACUGUACCGAGGGGCAUCAGAAAGGGGAGCGCGAACGUGAGGUUCCCGCCUGGGCUCCGCUGCCCGAAUCCUAUUCCAUUGCUGGCAGUGAGGGGAGUAUCUCAGCUUCAGCUGCUUCGGGUCUGGCUGCCCUCUCUGGCCCCAGCUCUGGCCUCAGCUCUGGCCCCUGUUCCCCGGGCCCCCCAGGGCCAGUCAGUGGCCUGAGAAGAUGGUUGGGUCAUUCCAAACAUUGUCUCAGUGUGGAAACUGAGGCAGACGGUGGCCAGGCUGGACCAUAUGAGAACUGGAUGCUGGAACCAGCUCUAGCCACUGGAGAGGAGCUGCCAGAACUGACCCUGCUGACCACAUUGUUGGAGGGCCCUGGAGAUAAGACACAGCCACCUGAGGAGGAGACCCUAUCCCAGGCCCCUGAGAGUGAGGAGGAACAGAAGAAGAAGGCUCUGGAAAGGAGUAUGUAUGUCUUGAGUGAACUGGUAGAGACAGAGAAAAUGUAUGUGGACGACUUGGGGCAGAUUGUGGAGGGUUACAUGGCCACCAUGGCCGCUCAGGGGGUCCCAGAGAGUCUUCGAGGCCGUGACAGGAUUGUGUUUGGGAACAUCCAGCAAAUCUAUGAGUGGCAUCGAGACUAUUUCCUGCAGGAGCUGCAGCGGUGUUUGAAGGAUCCUGAUUGGCUGGCUCAGCUAUUCAUCAAACACGAGCGCAGGCUGCAUAUGUACGUGGUGUACUGCCAGAAUAAGCCCAAGUCCGAGCACGUGGUGUCAGAGUUUGGGGACAGCUACUUUGAGGAGCUCCGGCAGCAGCUGGGGCACCGCCUGCAGCUCAAUGACCUCCUCAUCAAACCAGUACAGAGGAUCAUGAAAUACCAGCUGUUGCUCAAGGAUUUUCUCAAAUAUUACAGUAGAGCUGGGAUGGAUACUGAAGAGCUGGAGCAAGCUGUGGAGGUCAUGUGCUUUGUACCCAAGCGCUGCAAUGACAUGAUGACCCUGGGGAGACUUCGGGGGUUUGAGGGCAAACUGACUGCUCAGGGGAAGCUCUUGGGCCAGGACACAUUCUGGGUCACAGAGCCUGAGGCUGGCGGUCUGCUCUCCUCCCGGGGUCGAGAGAGACGUGUCUUCCUCUUUGAGCAAAUCAUCAUCUUCAGCGAGGCCCUGGGAGGAGGAGUACGAGGUGGAACGCAGGCUGGAUAUGUGUACAAAAGCAGCAUCAAGGUGAGCUGCCUGGGACUGGAGGGGAACCUCCAAGGUGACCCUUGCCGCUUUGCACUGACCUCCAGAGGGCCAGAGGGUGGGAUCCAGCGCUAUGUCCUACAGACUGCAGAUCCUGCGGUCAGUCAGGCCUGGAUCAAGCAAGUGGCUCAGAUCCUGGAAAGCCAGCGGAACUUUCUCAAUGCAUUGCAGUCACCCAUUGAGUAUCAGAGGAGGGAGAGUCAGACCAACAGCCUGGGGCGGCCAGGAGGGCUUAGAGUGGGGAGUCCUGGGAGAAUCCGGCCUGGAGACCAGGCCCAGGUCAGCACACAAGCACCCAUCAACGGCUCUCUCCCCUCCCUGCUGCUGUUGCCCAAAAGGGAGGUGGCCAGAGCCCCCCUGCCCCUGGACACACAGGCCCUCAGUGACUUCCCCCAAGCUCCUCGUGACUCUCCUCCAGCUCCACCAAUCCCAAAUACCCCUCCCUGCCAAGCCAGACUUGCCAAGCUGGAUGAAGAUGAGCUGUAACUGGUGAAGGCCUGGGGUGGUGCUGGCCCGGCCACCCUAUUUCCCGAGGAACUUCAGGGCAAACCUUCUGGCACCACCUCAGAAUUCCUUCUUGAUGUGUCUGGAGAGGGGGCAAGGCUGGGAGUGGUGUUGACUUGGACGAGGAUACCUAGACUCAAAAGGACUUCUUUCUGUUUAAGGAAUGUAGGUUCCUUCAGCUCCCACCCCUUCUGCAUGCAUCACAGGUGCCCCCCCAAAAGGAGGAUGUGUGGGUGGGUGGGAGGGCUGGGGCAGGGGCCAGGUAAAAAUGAUUGGUUUUGAUUUUGAUUUUGUUUCUUUCGGUUUUCUGAAAAUAAAGCUUUUGUGAUAU